CAGGUGAGGAGAGUAAUUGAUUGAGGUGGUCAGGUCAGGUCAGCCCUUUCCAGAGAAAAGUGGGUGAGGAGACCACAGAAAUCAAAGUACUACUUACUUACUCUCACACACUCACACUCACACUCACACUCAAUUCAUUUUCCAAACCCUAAAAAAAUCUCUCAAAUCUCAUGGAAGAAUCAUCAUACAACAACUCAUCAUCUUCUUCAUCAACAAUCCGAUUCCUAGGAAUACUAAAACAACCAGCAACAACAAAUAACAACAAUCAUACUUCCGAUUCUUCAGACCUCCCAUUCGAAUUAGAUGAGAGUGAUGUAAUCUGGUCUUCAUCAGCACCAUCAGCAUCAUCAUCACCUGAUUUACCAAACCAAUCAAUAACAACAGCAACUGAUUUUAUUAUCACUGAAUCUAAUUCAUCACCAACACUAUCAUCACCAUCGACUCUGUCGAAUUCGUCUCCGAGAAAUUCAUUUCGGAGUGAUAAAUUCGGUUUAUCAGCUGCAAUAUCUGAUGAUAAUUACCAUCAUAAUAAUCAUUUGCAGAGGAAAAGAAGUUUGAAUUCGCCUUUAUCGGCUGCUUCUACUGCUGUUAGAAUGAUUCCUCCCAUUCCAAUUCAAAGGUCUAAUGGCGGUGGCGUUGGUAGCGGUGGUGGCGGUGGUUCGGGUAGUGGUGGCGGUGGAGGGAGUUUCUUAGGUUCUUCGUCUCUAGGGAAGUAUCCUUAUAAUCAAUCUGCGCCUGUGAAUGUUCCGGUUUGGCCGAAUCGAAACCACCGAUCCGGAUCGGGAGGUAAAAAGGUUUAUUAUGAGGAUGAUGAUGAUGAUGACGAUGAUGGGAGUUAUGCUGAAAUGCUUCCGCCUCAUGAGAUUGUUGCGAGGUCUCAUCUGACUACUUUUUCAGUGUUUGAAGGUGUUGGUAGGACUCUUAAAGGUAGAGAUCUUCGUCGUGUUCGGAAUGCUGUUAUGCAGAAAACAGGUUUCCUUGACUAGAAUUCAACCUCCUUUUACUGUUUUUCGUAGCUUAAUUUUGUUCAUUUCGAUUCCAUUUCAUUUUAUUUCAUCCAUGGUAUAAUUAUUCCGGUUGAAAACUGUAUAUUAUGGGUUCUUUUGUUGUUGUUCUUUAAGUGUUAUUGUAGACUAUGUUCAAUAAUAUAUCCAUAUAUAUAACUUGGGAUAAUUUAGUGAAGAAUACAACUUGUAAAUUGGUUCUGAUUGAAUUGCUUCA